AUGAGUGAUCUUUCAGGAACUUGUCUCGGUGAGGAUCCUGUGGCAAUUCUUUUAAAAGAAUGUUUGAAAUUAAUAAUAGCUAUUAGAUAUCAUAAUAAUACUAUAAAACAGCAAACAUCCUCUGAUUAUCCAUUAAUACUUGGUGGAAAUAAUGAAUAUUUCAAGGAUUUUGAUGAAGAUGAGGAAGAUGAGGAUUAUGAUAAUGAUAAUAGGGGCGAGGAGAAAAAUAAGAUUAGGAAUAAUAGUUCAAAUUUAUCAGAUAUUGUAAAUUUGAAAAAUAUAUUAAGUGGAUUGACUUCAAUAUAUUCUAUAGAUUCUUUAACUUUACUAAAUCCAUUUUUAAAUGUAUUAACGCUUAAAAAAUCAAAGAAUGAGCAUAUCAAGAGAUUAACAUUGGAGUCACUUAAUAAAAUUUUUACGCUUCAACUGAUUAAUUUAAAUUGUAUCAAUUAUGUUCAAGCAUAUAGAAAAACAGUUUCCAUUUUAAUUGAUCUUGAUCCACAUUUCAGUAACAAUCAAGACACAAAGGAUUUAAUAGAAAUUGAAAUAAUCACACUUCUACAAUGCAUUAUAUCCACAUCAUGUGGGAAUUGCUUGUCUGAUUCUUUAGUAUAUGAAUCAUUAAAAAAAGUUUUAUUGAUUGUUUGUAGAAGAAAAUUAUCAGACAAGUUAAAAGUCAGAGCAGAAUAUGUCCUUAAGAGAAUGACUGUUCAUGUGUUUACUAAACUUAAGUUUAUGAAUCUAUCUGCUAUUAAUAAUAAAUAUAUUGAUGAUGAACAUAUAAAGAAAUAUUUUGUGUUUAAAAAGGCUAACGAUUCCAGUGAAUUCGAUUUACAGGAAGAAAAAGAGGAACAACUGAUCAAUAAAAAGAAUCAUGAGAAUAAUAGCAGUGAUUAUAGUGAAGUAAAUGUAACACCAAAUUACAGUCUUCCUGUGAUAAUACAAUAUCUGGAGUUAUUGUUAUCUUUAAUAAGUUUGGAAAAUAAAUCUGAAUAUACUGCUCGCACUCAAGUAGUGGGUUUGGAAUUGAUAAAUACUAUGGUAGAAUUAGUUGGUAGAUUAUUUUUGAAACAUCCAAAGUUAUUAAAUAUGAUCUCAGAUUCAGUCUUUAAAUCUAUUGCAUUAAUAAUGGAAACAAAUGUGGAUAAUAUUUUGUUAAUGGAUAAAGUUUUAACAGUUUAUACUUCCAUUAUAUUAGCUCUUGGCUGGUUUUUACCAAGGCAAAUAGAAUUGACAUUGCCUAGAUUAUUUGAAAAACUUCAAAAUUCCUCGUCACUCCAUUUUCAAAGAAUUAUUAUUGAAAAACUUUCGUUGCUGUGGGUGCGUGACCCAUCUUUGUUUAUUAAUUUUUUUGUGAAAUAUGACUGUAGUUUUGAAUAUCACGAUUUGUCGGUUAAAUUUUUAACAGUAAUGAUGAAUAUGACUAAUCCAGAAAAGGAUCUGACUAUUUCAACCUUUGGGUUAGAUGCUUUGACAACAUUUGUCGAUUAUGUUUACAACCAAAUAACCAAAGUGGAUGAGUUUCAAUUUGAUGAUGCGCCACAAAGUAUAAUUCUAAAAGAGUGGAGUAGAAAAGCUGAAUUCAUAAAUUGUAUGAAAAUGUUUAAUGAAAAGCCAAGAGAUGGAAUUAAAUUAUUAAUAGACAGCAAAUUUAUUCCUAACAAUAAAGGAAAAGAAGUAGCAAAAUUUUUAUUUGAAAAUGAUAGUAGACUUAAUAAAAAACAGCUAGGGUUAUUGCUUUGUAAGCCUGAAGAGACAGAACUUUUGGGUGAAUUUAUGAGUUUAUUUAAUUUUAAUUCAUUUAGAGUAGAUGAAGCGUUGAGGGUCCUAUUAACCAAGUUUAGAUUACCUGGUGAAUCUCAGCAAAUUGAAAGAAUCCUUGAAGCCUUUUCCAAAAGGUAUGUUGGAUGUCAACAGUACGUAGAGAAUAUUUACAGCGAAGAAGAAGAAAAUCUUGCUCAGGUUCAAGCUGAUGCAGAUUCUGUUUUUAUUUUAAGUUAUUCUAUUAUCAUGUUAAAUACAGAUAUCCAUAACCCACAAGUGAAAGAACAUAUGUCCUUUGAAGAAUAUUGUAGUAAUUUGAAAGGCUGUUAUAAUAAUGGGAAUAACUAUCCACAGUGGUUUUUAGAAAAAAUUUAUGCAUCAAUACAAGAUAAGGAAAUUGUUAUGCCUGAAGAACAUCAUGGAAAUGAAAAGUGGUUUGAUGAUGUUUGGAAUAAUGUCAUUUCAUCUAAUACAGUAAUUACAGAGAUACCGAAAAUUCAUUUGGAUGAUAUCAAUUGUUUUACAUCUAUUGAAGAAAUUCAGUUUGAAAUGAAACUUUUUGAGAAUGUCGGUAUACCCUUGAUUAAAAAAAUUUUUGAUUUAUUAGUUUUAACAAAAGAUGAUAACACAAUCAGUUUGCUGAUCGAUUUAGUUGAAAAAUGUUACAAAAUUUGUAAAUUCUUUAAAUUGAAAAAUAUGUUUAAUGAAUUGGUAGCAAACCUUGCCACUAUGACAACUUUGUUACCUGAUGAUUUAAAUUUGAAAAAUAAUGGUAAUUCAAAAGAUAUUGUAAAUAAGGAAUUGGGUGAAAUAUACCCUGUAAUAGAUAUUGUAGACAAAGAAGAAGGUACAAUAAUUACGAUAAGUCCACAUUCGAUUAAAUUAGGUGAAUCAUUUAAAGCACAAAUGUGUUCUGUUUUAUAUUUUAAUAUAUUUGGUCAUAACAAGAUAACAAAUUUCUUAAAUGAAGAAAACUGGAAUAAUUUAAUAAAAAUUUUGCUGGUUAUGUUUCAAGAUAGGAUGAUUAUUAAUAAUGUGAAAAUGGGAACAUUUUAUCCUGAAUAUGAUAUCAUUGAGCAGAAUAAUCUCAGCAAAAUACCACAUUUACCAAAGGCAGAUUACGUUAUUGAUGAUAUCAACUUUAAAAGUAAUCGUGGUUUAUUGUCAUCAUUUGCCUCAUACUUGAAAGGUAAUGAUGAACCAAGUGAAGAUGAUAUUAAAAAAGCUAUUAAAUGUAAUGAUUGUAUUAAGAUGAUCAAUUUCAAAAAAUACAUUUGGGCCAAUGAUACAAUUGUGACACCAAAGAAUAUUAUCGAUUUAUUCAACAGGCAUAUAUUAAUGGAAAGAAAUGUUACUAAUUUUAAAUAUUUCGAAGAAAGGAUUAUAUGCAUUAUAGAAUUGUCUAUUAAUUUAAUGUUACAGUAUGAUUGGAUUGGUGAGAUUGGUUAUAAAUUAUUUAAUAAGUUAAGUGCAUUAUAUGAAAUUGAAAACUUAUCUAAAUCAUAUUAUCGCCGCUUGAUGGUUUAUAAAGUGCUAGUAAUAUCUCUAUUAAAUGAAGAGAAAUUAUUAUCAAAAUUGGUUGAAAAGGAAAUUAUCGUGUCUAAUGAGAUAUUUACUAUUGAUUAUUUCAAUGAAACUCUUGAUGGACAAUAUAUUGUGAAAGUAAUUAUGUUUAGCAUCGAUAAGAAUAAUCCAACUGCUUGGAAGUUUUUGAAUUAUUUAAUAGUUUCCAAUGUGGAUAAAACAAAUUAUGAAGGAAAAUAUUUGAUUAAAAGUAUCAAUGAUUACAUCUCCAAUAGUGAGAAUAUAACAAGUAUCAAUAUUACUCAAGUCAUUGAUAUUAUGAAACAAUUGAUUAAGUAUCGUAUAGAUAUAAUAGAUAUUUUAUUCCAAAUUUUAAAUGGUGAAAUUAAUUUUGUUCCUCCUAUUGAAGUUCAAAGCAUUGUAUCUUUAAUUCAGCUGGUAUUAAGGCAAAUAUUGGACCAAAUUGAAGAUUUUCAUGGUAAUAAUGAGGAAGAUGACAAUUUUCAAUAUUCUUCUGUGUUACUAAGAUUAGGCAAAAAUCUCAAAUCGGACAAAUCUCUUUUGAAGGAAUAUGAUGAUAGGACUAUUAAAAUAAUUAUUGAUCAUUCUAUGUUACAAAUAAUUGGUGAUAUUGGAAACGAAGGCCAAAAAUUGUUUAAUCUUGAAGUAUUAAAGUUAUGUAAGGAUAUCUUUCUUUAUUAUUUCAAUGGAGUAGAUAUAGAGUAUGAGGAUAAAUUUAAACAGAUCCAAGAUCAAUUAUCUUGA